AUGGGAGGCGUGGCAUCGGAGCUGGUGGGAGCCAGCAGGGAGAGGCAGAGCAGGAAGAGGAAGCAGUUCCACACGGUGGAGCUCAAGGUGAGGAUGGACUGUGAUGGCUGCGAGCUCAAGGUGGUGGUGAUGAAGGUGGCCAUCCACUGCCAGGGCUGCGCAGGCAAAGUCAGGAAGCACAUCUCCAAGAUGGAAGGGGUGACGUCGUUCAGCAUCGACCUAGAGAGCAAGAAGGUGACGGUGAUGGGCCACGUGUCGCCGGCGGGCGUCCUCGAGAGCAUCUCCAAGGUCAAGAAGGCCGAGCUCCUCGCCUGA